GGAAAAAUGUAAUCCCAAAGUCCCUAUGUCCAAGCCUCCAAGGUACUCCGUAUUAUUGUUCAAUCCGAACGGGACGCAGUGUCCAAAACCAGCCGGUGUCUCGCACACACGCAGACGCAGUGUCCGGUCCUCCAUUUGGUUCAGAAACCGACUCGCUUGGGGCGGCUGUUCUGUUCUCUCUCAUUUUCUCCAUCAAUUAGCUCCGGACUGACCUUCGCCACCAGAUCGACAGUCUUUUCCCUAUCUCGAUUCACUUUCAGUGUCUUGACCAAAGCAAAAUAAAAGGUGGGAGGAGGAGGAGGUAUAUAUUGGUUUCUCCCAUAACUUAUCCUAAAGCCAAGAAGCUGUAAUACAGGCAGGUGAACGAGAAAUCUCGAACAGACUAGGGGGCGAUGGAGGAGGCAGCAGCCUGGUGUGGUGUGGUUAUAUUUGCAGGUUGUUAGUGGUUGGUUAAGUGUGAGAAUUUUGAAUAUGCCAGACAACAGAAGCCGAAGCAGGAGCCCAAUGGAUCGCAAGAUCCGUACUCAGCGUUAUUCUUACCGUGAUGCACCAUAUAGGCGGGAGUCACGUCGGGGUUUCAGCCAGAACGGUCUUUGCAAGAAUUGUAAAAGGCCAGGUCAUUUUGCGAGAGAGUGCCCUAAUGUGGCAAUAUGUCACAAUUGCGGCCUUCCUGGGCAUAUUGCAUCAGAGUGCACUACAAAAUCACUCUGUUGGAACUGUCGAGAACCUGGCCACAUGGCUGGGAAUUGUCCAAAUGAAGGAAUCUGCCACACCUGUGGGAAGGCAGGACAUCGUGCAAGAGACUGCACGGCUCCUCCUAUGCCACCUGGUGAUCUGAGGCUUUGCAACAACUGCUUUAAGCAAGGUCAUAUUGCAGCUGACUGCACAAAUGACAAGGCGUGCAAAAAUUGUAGGAAAACAGGUCACCUUGCCCGUGACUGUCAAAAUGACCCCGUGUGCAAUUUGUGUAAUAUAUCUGGGCAUGUUGCUAGAGAUUGUCCAAAGGCUGGAACCAUUGAAGAGAGGGGUCCUGGACCGCGUGCUGCUGGAUAUCGGGAUGCUGGAUUUCGUGACAUCGUAUGUCGGAACUGCAAUCAGGUUGGUCAUAUGAGUCGGGAUUGCGUGACCAUGAUGGUCUGUCACAACUGCGGGGGAAGAGGACAUCUGGCUUAUGAGUGCCCAUCGGGAAGAUUUAUGGACCGUUUCCCCAGGAGUAAAUCUAUGAAGCAGGGCUAAAGUGGUAAAAAUACUUGUGUGAUGUUCAGAUGAUAGUAGUAGUGCACUGGUGCAUGGUAAUGCACUGAUGAGGAAUCGGAAUGAGUCCUGGGAAUUGAAUUGUUAUCUUUGCUUGUCUUUCCGGCAAAGAAAGAUUCCAGUAGAGAAAUACUUCCAGCCGAAAAGUCGAAAAAGCAAUUCACUUUCCGCCGACCUACGUAACCAUAACGACGAGUGAUCUACUGCCCACUACUACUAGUAUAAUAAUGUAGGAAUGUUUUUGGAGUAACAACCAAGAGUCCACUUGUAUGGGCGCUUUGGCUUUCACUGGACAAGAUUUGUUCUUCUUCUGAUAAUCUGAUCUAUUAUCACGUGUCCGUCA